CGUUAAAAGGCUAAGAAGAGAGAUAGGUAAGAGAGGGACUGGGGGAGAGGAAGGGAGAGAGAAAGACUGUCAGAAUAGGCAAGAAAGAGAGACGAACGGACGGAGAAAUUGGUUAAGUACGCGUGCGCAUUGGAAAAGGACAGAGGGAGAUCGCGGGACGGCAUUCGUAGUAGUGACGCGUUCCGUAGGGGGGAGACGGUAUCGUCGCGUCAUAAAAGUGGGGGGGACGGAAUCUCCCCUUGCGAGCAGAAGCAACGAACAGUUCUCGGCUCCCGACACCGGCCUGCAGUCGACGAGUUGGUCCUAGCGUGGAAGAGGGAGGGAAAGCGUAGUAUAUGCGUGAACGAGCGUGAGAGAGGGAGAAAGAGAAAGAAAAACCAGCAGACGAGCCGAGGAAGAAGUGAGAGGAAGGGAGAGAGAGACGGAGAGGAGAACGAGCGCGAGAGAAAUAGAGAAAGGGCGCGCAGGAAGGAGAAAGAGAAAAGCAAAAGGGAGCAACGCCGGUAGAACGCGCGCGGUGUGUCCUCAUGUCGUACGGCGUUUCUGAACGCGGCCAUUACGAGAGAGCUGCUCGGUGACGCUCGGUGUGUUAGAGGACGGUCGUAGUACAGCGUCGUCGUACAGUCGCGCGCGUAGUGAUUCUCGAAGCAACAGGACGCGCGCUUCCUUCGAUAAUCAAGCACGUGCUCGUUCACGUUUUCGCUUAUAAAAAGAGCCAACGCGCACACGCGCACGGUGGUCGUUGCACCGCUUUCGAAGUAAGGAGCGUGAAAAGGAGAAGCAAGGCGCGCGCGCGGAAGAGAAUAAUAAAAAAGAAAGAAACCGAUGUCACGCGACUCUUGAGGCAAACACGACGAGAACGGCUGUAGACUGUAGACGCGGCGUCACGUCGCGUUAUUCGACGAAAUUCUUCAAUUAUUGCGAUCGUCGAUCGUGACGAAGAGGAGGAACGUGCGCCGGAGCGAAUCGAUCGACGGCGAUCGCUGAAGAAGUAGAGAAGAGGGAGAGAAUUAUUUGAGAGAUAUCGACGAUCGACGAAGAAAGCAGCAACAGCAGCAGCAGCAGCCAUGUUCGACGUUUUUGGCUCGGUGAAAGGUCUACUCAAGCUAGACAGUGUGUGCAUCGACAACAAUGUCUUCCGAUUGCACUACAAAGCCACCGUGAUCGUACUGAUCGCGUUCUCCUUGCUUGUAACCUCGAGGCAGUAUAUCGGCGAUCCGAUCGAUUGCAUCGUCGAUGAAAUACCGCCCCACGUGAUGGACACUUAUUGCUGGAUCUACUCGACCUUUACGAUCCCGAACCGUGGCGGCGUCGUUGGCAUGGACGUCGUACAACCUGGUGUACGAAGUCACGUCGAGGGCGUCGACGAUAUCAAAUACCACAAGUAUUAUCAGUGGGUAUGUUUCACCCUCUUCUUCCAGGCGAUACUCUUCUACGUGCCACGUUAUCUUUGGAAAACUUGGGAAGGCGGCAGAAUAAAGAUGCUCAUGCUCGACCUAAACUGUCCCGUUGCAAACGAGGAAACAAAAUGCGAGAGACGAAAAUUACUCGUUGAUUAUUUCGCCUUGAAUUUGCACUCCCAGAACUUCUACGCGUUCCGAUUCUUCUUCUGCGAAGUCCUCAACUUCAUCAACGUGGUCGGACAGAUAUAUUUUAUGGACUUCUUCCUGGACGGGGAAUUCUCGACGUACGGGGCGGACGUCGUCAAGUUCACGGAACUAGAGCCGGAAGAUCGGGACGAUCCUAUGUCCCGCGUGUUCCCGAAGGUCACCAAGUGUACCUUCCACAAAUAUGGUGCGUCCGGUACCGUACAAAAGUUCGACGGUCUAUGCGUCCUACCGUUGAACAUCGUCAACGAGAAGAUCUACGUGUUCCUCUGGUUCUGGUUCAUUAUCCUGUCGAUUCUAAGCGGUCUUAGCUUGGCCUAUCGCGCAGCCGUCGUUGCAGGACCGAGGCUACGUCUGAUGUUACUACGUACUCGUUCUCGCAUAUCAGACAAGCACGACAUCGAAACGAUCGCUAAGAAUUGUCAAAUAGGCGACUGGUUCGUCCUUUAUCAACUGGGUAAGAACAUCGAUCCGUUGAUCUACAAGCAGCUCGUAUCCGACUUGGCUUUGAAGCUACAGGGUAAAGAGCACGUGUAGUCAGUUUGUCGUAGGACAUCAUCGUCGGGGUUAUGUCUUCCUUUUGCCUGAGAUCGUAAGAAUCGAUCUUACGUAGCAAAUUGGGACCCCGAGAACAAUACGAAAAUAUCCAUUAACGUCGUCCUUUUCAUCUUCGACGAAGAGAAAGAAAAAGAAAAAGAGAGAGAGAGUCGAAGACGUAUCAUGGAGAUCUUCAUGGAAGUCCACCGAUCGCGAGAGUCCUUUUCUCGCUCGAUCCUCUCGUGAUUUUUUUUUUUUUUUUUUUUUUUUUUCAAAUCAUCGUGACGAUUGUUUCGACGAUUUUCUCGCGAAAGGAUCGAGCCAUAUCUAUAUAAUGACACAUGCUUCUCGAUAGCGCUUUAAAAAACUGUUAAUCGAACGCGUAGCGCUGAUUAUUUUUGUAAUCUUGCUUUUUUCCUCGCGUAUCCUCCUUCACCGUUUGAUUAUGAUCUAUCGUAAUCCCUUCUUCCUCUUAUUCUUAUUCUUUGAGAAACGGACUCUCGCGAUUGCCAUUCGACGAUAUCUGACCUAUCCUUCGCAUCGAUCGCCUAUGUCAAAUUCUACAGGUAGAUUCAGGCGACACGAUGAAAGAAAAAGAAAAGUUUCUAAUGGAUAUAGAAUUAAAAAGAAAGAAAUAAGUAUGUACGUUAGAUCAGCGAUUAGUUUCUUCGAUCGCUUCUCGUUUUUCACAUUUGCCAGGCAUAUAUAAAUAAAUAAAUAAAUAAAAAAAAAA